AUGGCUGCCACUUCCUUUGUUAUCAGGACGCCCUGCUCGUCCGCCAACAUUGGACCUGGGUUUGACGUGAUCGGUCUGGCAUUGUCCAUGCAUUUGGAGCUCCACGUCACAAUUGAUACCUCCAAGUCAUCGCAAGAACCACUUAACUGCCGUAUCACAUAUGACGACCUGAGCAACAGUACCGAGAAGAUCAGUCUGGACCCCGAGGUUAACUUGAUCACCCGUGUAGCACUUUACGUACUUAGAUGCCAUAGCCAACGGGCAUUCCCUGCUGAGACUCAUGUGCACAUCGUAAACCCGAUCCCCUUGAGUCGGGGUCUCGGUUCUUCUGGCACUGCCGUUGUGGCUGGUGUAAUGCUGGGAAAUGAAGUAGGUAAGCUUGGGCUCAGCAAGGAUCGUCUCUUGGAUUAUUGCUUGAUGAUCGAACGACACCCCGACAAUGUCGCUGCCUCGCUCUUCGGAGGCUUCGUUGGCACCUAUCUCAACGAACUCGCCCCCGAAGACGUAGCGCGCAAGGAGAUCCCUCUUAGUGAAGUUCUCCCUUCUCCGGCCGGUGGCAUUGACACCGGCAAGAGGCCUCCUGAGCCACCCAUUGGCAUCGGUCAUUACAGAAAGUUCCAGUGGGCCAAGGAAAUCAAGGCUAUUGCCAUCAUCCCCGACUUUGUCGUGCCCACCGCCAACGCCCGGAAUGUUCUUCCUACCUCGUAUACCAGAGCGGACGUUGUCUUCAACCUCCAGCGUGCUGCCUUGCUCCCAGCAGCUUUGGGCAGCUCUCCGCCGGACCCAGACAUGAUAUAUCUGGCCAUGCAAGAUAAGGUCCACCAACCAUACAGACAGACUCUUAUCCCCGGCUUGACGGAGAUUCUCCAAUCAAUGAACCCACGUACGCAGCCCGGUCUGCUUGGAAUCUGUCUGUCAGGUGCAGGCCCGACCAUCCUUGCCUUGGCAACGGAUAGGUUUGAAGAGAUUGCAGACCGCAUCAUCUCUCGCUUUGCUACCAAUGGCAUCGCCUGCCAGUGGAAGUUGCUUGAGCCUGCCCAAGACGGCACCACUGUCCAAUACUGA